GUCGCCGGCGCAUUGCGCGGCAGCGUGACGUCAAGCGGGCGCCGCUGAUGACGACUCAGGCCAGUUCGCGAGCGGAGGGAGUGAGGGAGAGGGAGGAAAAAUGGCGGACCAAAUCCCCCUCCACCCGGUCCCGCGCAGCACCCAGCGCAGGGCGGCUUAUUAUACCCACGCCUCCGCCGCGCAGAGGCAUAACAGGUACCAGGUAGAAGAUGAAUCCUCUCAUUUGGAUGAAAUGCCAUUGAUGAUGUCAGAGGAAGGUUUUGAAAAUGAUGAAAGUGAUUACCACACUUUACCAAGAGCCAGAAUUUCUCAAAGAAGAAGAGGUUUAGAAUGGUUUGUCUGUGGUGGCUGGAAAUUUCUUUGUACCAGUUGCUGUGAUUGGCUUAUAAACAUUUGCCGGCGAAAGAAAGAACUGAAAGCACGCACAGUUUGGCUUGGAUGUCCUGAAAAAUGUGAAGAAAAAUACCCAAGAAAUGCGAUAAAAAAUCAAAAAUAUAAUAUCUUUACAUUUAUACCUGGGGUUUUGUAUGAACAAUUCAAGUUUUUCUUGAAUCUUUAUUUUCUCGUUGUCUCCUGCUCACAGUUUGUACCGGCUCUGAAAAUAGGCUACCUCUACACCUACUGGGCUCCUCUGGGAUUUGUUUUGGCUGUCACAGUGCUGCGAGAGGCAGUUGAUGAAUUUCGGCGUUACCAGCGAGACAAGGAAAUGAACUCCCAAUUAUAUAGCAAGCUUACGAUACGAGGUAAAGUGCAAGUUAAAAGCUCAGACAUUCAAGUUGGAGACCUCAUCAUAGUGGAAAAGAAUCAACGAAUCCCAUCUGACAUGGUGUUUUUAAGAACUUCAGAAAAAACAGGUUCAUGUUUUAUCCGAACCGAUCAGCUAGAUGGUGAAACAGACUGGAAACUAAAAGUUGCUGUUAGUUGCACACAGAGAUUACCAGCUUUAGGGGAUCUUUUUUCCAUCAAUGCAUAUGUUUAUGCUCAGAAGCCACAAAUGGAUAUACACAGUUUUGAAGGCACCUUUACUCGGGAAGACAGUGAUCCGUCUGUUCAUGAAAGUCUAAGCAUUGAAAAUACCUUAUGGGCAAGCACUGUUGUUGCUUCAGGAACAGUAAUUGGUGUUGUUAUUUAUACUGGAAAAGAAACUCGAAGCGUAAUGAACACAUCCAAUCCAAAGAAUAAGGUUGGCUUGCUGGACCUUGAGCUGAAUCAACUAACCAAAGCACUAUUCUUGGCUCUAGUUGCACUUUCAGUUGUAAUGGUCACCUUGCAAGGAUUUGUAGGGCCAUGGUACCGCAAUCUCUUUCGAUUUCUCCUUCUUUUUUCAUACAUAAUCCCCAUCAGUUUACGAGUGAAUUUAGAUAUGGGUAAAGCCGCCUACGGAUGGAUGAUUAUGAAAGAUGACAAUAUACCCGGAACUGUUGUCCGAACUAGCACAAUACCUGAAGAACUGGGGCGUCUGGUGUAUCUACUGACAGAUAAAACAGGUACUCUGACCCAGAAUGAGAUGAUAUUUAAGCGCCUCCACCUCGGCACUGUGUCAUAUGGAACAGACACAAUGGAUGAGAUUCAAAAUCAUAUUGUUAAUUCCUACUCCCAGGCACAUUCCCAAGCCAGUGGAAACAAUACCGGUUCAACACCAUCCAGAAAGAUCCAGUCUUCUGCACCUAAAGUCCGCAAAACUGUCAGCAGCCGAAUACACGAAGCAGUCAAAGCCAUUGCAUUGUGUCACAAUGUUACACCUGUGUAUGAAUCCAGAACAGGAGUGACUGGAGAAACAGAAUAUGCAGAGGUAGAUCAGGAUUUCAGUGACGAAAACAGAACUUAUCAAGCUUCAAGCCCCGAUGAGGUAGCUCUGGUGCAGUGGACAGAAAGUGUGGGCCUUACUUUGGUGAACAGAGAUUUGACUUCAAUGCAGCUGAAAACCCCGGGUGGACAAAUUCUGACUUACUAUAUUCUGCAAAUUUUUCCUUUCACAUCUGAGAGCAAACGAAUGGGAAUCAUAGUGAGGGAUGAAUCUACAGGUGAAAUCACAUUUUACAUGAAAGGUGCAGAUGUUGCAAUGUCCUCUAUUGUUCAGUAUAAUGACUGGCUAGAAGAAGAGUGUGGGAACAUGGCAAGAGAAGGACUUCGCACUCUGGUUGUGGCCAAGAAAUCAUUAACAGAAGAACAAUAUCAGGAUUUUGAGAAUCGAUAUAACCAAGCAAAAUUAAGUAUACAUGACAGAACUCUCAAAGUGGCUGCAGUGGUAGAGAGUUUGGAAAGAGAAAUGGAAUUAUUGUGUCUCACUGGAGUGGAAGAUCAACUACAGGCUGAUGUUAGGCCAACACUGGAGAUGCUACGAAAUGCUGGAAUAAAGAUAUGGAUGCUCACAGGGGAUAAAUUGGAGACUGCCACUUGUAUUGCCAAAAGCUCCCACUUAGUAUCCAGAACACAAGAUAUUCACAUUUUCAGACCUAUAAUCAGUCGUGGAGAAGCUCAUUUGGAACUAAAUGCUUUCAGGAGGAAACACGACUGUGCGUUAGUAAUAUCUGGCGAUUCUCUAGAGGUCUGUUUGAAGUACUAUGAGCAUGAAUUUGUAGAACUAGCAUGUCAGUGUCCAGCUGUCGUCUGCUGUCGAUGUUCUCCCACCCAAAAAGCCCACAUUGUAAAAUUGUUGCAACACCAUACAGGAAAGCGUACAUGUGCCAUAGGUGAUGGAGGAAAUGAUGUUAGUAUGAUCCAAGCAGCAGAUUGUGGAAUUGGAAUUGAAGGAAAGGAAGGGAAACAAGCUUCCUUGGCUGCCGAUUUUUCCAUUACACAGUUUAAACACAUUGGCCGACUGCUGAUGGUACAUGGUCGAAAUAGCUAUAAAAGAUCAGCAGCACUUGGUCAAUUUGUCAUGCACAGAGGCCUUAUUAUUUCAACUAUGCAGGCUGUGUUUUCUUCAGUCUUCUAUUUUGCAUCAGUUCCUCUAUACCAGGGUUUCUUAAUGGUAGGGUAUGCCACCAUAUAUACAAUGUUUCCAGUUUUUUCAUUAGUGUUGGAUCAAGAUGUGAAACCAGAAAUGGCACUGUUAUAUCCAGAACUUUACAAAGACCUUACUAAGGGAAGAUCUUUGUCAUUUAAAACCUUCCUCAUCUGGGUUUUAAUCAGUAUUUACCAAGGUGGAAUUCUGAUGUAUGGAGCGCUCCUUCUUUUUGAAUCUGAAUUCGUCCACGUUGUUGCCAUUUCCUUCACUGCACUAAUCCUGACUGAGCUCUUAAUGGUUGCACUUACCAUACGAACUUGGCAUUGGUUAAUGGUGGUAGCGGAAAUCUUCAGUCUUUGCUGCUAUGUGGCCUCUCUUGCAUUUCUAAAUGAGUAUUUUGGCAUAGGCAGAGUGUCUUUUGGAGCUUUCUUAGAUGUUGCCUUUAUCACAACUGUGACCUUCCUGUGGAAAGUGUCAGCCAUCACUGUAGUAAGCUGUCUUCCACUUUAUAUUCUGAAGUACUUAAAACGUAAAUUUUCUCCUCCAAGUUACUCUAAACUUACCUCGUAAAAGUGACUGAACCUCUGGGUUAUUUUUCCACCAAGAUGACUCCAGCUAGGAAUUGCUUCAAGGAUUCUCAUUCAGCGAUAUGUUAAAGGAGAAAAAAGGAAUAACAAGAAAAAUUGAGUAAACAGAGCACAAAGGAGACAGAAGCAUCUCAUUGGAGUUACAGUGAAAUUUAUUAACAGAACCGUUUAAAACAAGUACAUUUCAUUUUAUAUGUGACUCUUUUAAACUUCUAAGUUGGAAGUGCUUUUGAAUUUAUUUAAUGGCUACUGUAAAGGAUUUAUUCCUCCUGCACUAUUUUUCUGCAUAUAGAACAGAAAACAUUUUUGCUAUAAGCCCAUGAUUUUGGAGCAGUUGCAUUCUCUCACAGAACAAGUCAUUCAUUCAUAAGAAGUGUAACAAGCCUAGAAAGUGUAAAUGUCAUUGUAUUUGCUGCUAUAUGUAUCUCUGAUAUAUGCACUAUAUGAAUUACAAACAGCUGUCCACGUAGCACAGUGUUAGUUUGGGAUCUGCGGUCUCGUUCCUCUGUGCUCUCCAUUGCUACGCUGCAUUGGGGCAUCUGAACCUUUGGCAGCAGCUUUUCCAUGGCAAACGGAGCCAACUUGCACACAAUGUGAUGAAAAUAAUGUUCUGUACAUAAGUCCUUUGUUCUGUACAGACUGCCACAGACUUUGCUGUUCAGUAAAUGUUUUAUAAGUUCCUAUCUGCUUUUGUAUUGGUAAAAUGGCACUCAAAUAUCAGCACAUUAGAUGACAAUUCGUUUUUCAGAAUUAUACUUUUAUGACACAGUCUACCAAGACUAGGUUCAUUUUACUUGGGGUUACAAUAAGCCCCAAUAAAUUGAAAGAUUAUUUAAGCCAGUGGUUCUCAACCUGUGGGUACCCAGAUGUUUUGGCCUUCAACUCCCCCCUGGUAAACUGACUGGGAUUUCUGGGAGUUGUGGGCCAAACUGUAUUUAUUUAUUUAUUUCAGACAUUUAUAUCCUGUCCUUCUCACCCCUGAGGGGGACUCAGGGUGGCUUACAACCAGCAACCAUUAGAUGCCAACAACAGUAGUAAUAAAAUCACACUUAGACAUUAGUUAAAAUAGCAAAAUUGAAACAUCCAUUUAAAUUAAGACAACUCCAAAUCCAGAGUCAUCGUCCAGGGUCUGUCCACUGUCAAUCACAUAAUCAUUUCCAAUUGUUAUCGCUGCAUCUGCUGCUUGAAUGCCUGGUCCCAUAACCAAGAUGUAAGUUUCUUCCUAAAGGAUAGAAGAGAGGGGGCCGGCCUGUUUUCAUUAGGGAGUGAGUUCCACAGACCGGGGGGGGGGGGCACCACCGAGAAGACACUGUCUCUUGUCUCCACCAAUCAUACUUGCAAGGAUGGCAGGAUCAAGAGCAGGGUCCCCCGUCGCCCCACCUCGUAACCUCUGAGGUGGGUUAUGACUGAGGACCCACAGGUUGAGAACCACUGCUUUAAGCAGCCAUGCUUAAUAUAUUAUGCCCAAAUAUAUCUAUCUGCCUUUCCCUGCUUGGACAGGAUUCCUCCACUGAUUUCAACAGAGGGAGCUGAUAACACAUAAUAAUUCUUUUUUCGCAUACAAACUGACUUUCUCAGUUUAAAUUAAUGAGGGUUCCCCCCCUCCCCAUUCACAUUAUGUGAGCAUAAACUGUACAUUGAAUUCUGGGUCAGGCACGUACAAUGCACAUUGUCUGUUUACUUAAGGUUACUCAGGUAAAAAAAGAAUAACAUGGACAUGAUAAUGGUAGAAAAUCCACCAUCUUCCAAAACAUAAUUUGUGUAAUUCUGAGUUACUGCAAGAAAAGAAAGUGACACACCGUAAUUUGAUGUACCCUUGAAAAAAAGAUAUUCUUUUAUGUACUGUAUUGUUACAGGUUACAUUUCCCCCCUACAUGCUGAUUCUUUUCUCUUUUUUCCCCUCAAGUAAUACAGGGAUCAGGUUAUUCAGCAUAGUCGGGUAUCCAUCAAAGGAACAGCCAUGCUUUGCUAAAUGAGAAUUAAUUUGUACGUUUUGAGCUGUUAGCAACUAUGUUGUAUAUCAUCUUGUUUUGCUCGAGUGUCUCACAAGAAAGCCUUUUGUAGUACCAGCAUCUUAAAAACACUUGUUAUAAUGAUACUGAACUUAAACACUUCCAGAAAAAGACUGUUGGCAAAUUAUCUGAGCUUCAAUCCACUCCAUUUAUUUUGCUUUUUUAAAAAAAGACUUUUCAACCAUUCUUCAUUAUAUAAAAGCAAUAAAACCUCAUUUCUACCAAAUAUUAUUGACGGUUUGUAAAUUAAAUGUGUUGAGUAGUAUUUAUUUUUAUGCUGUAUUCAGUAAUGUUUUGUUUUUAUUUUAGUGACCUUAUAAACCAUCAGUUAAUCCUAAUGCCCACUAGAUGUCACUGGGAGGUGGGUGUUUUAUGUGCUAGCACACUGCUUUGCUCCUAAUAUGUGAAACGUGCAAAGCUUUUUAAAAAUGCUACAUUUUAACUGUUGCUGAAAAAUAAAUCUAAAAUAUAUUCAGUUAUGUGGGAACAGUUCUGAAUAAAAAAUAUCCAAAGUAGCAGCUGAUUAACAGAGCAGUCAGCCAUAUUAUAUCCCGGGUCCAUUGUUAUUGUCAUUCCUUAUUCGUAUAUUCCAAGCAAACGAUACUACCAUCCUUAAAUUUGGUAUGUGAACAAAAUUUUUAAUGAUGAUGCUUGCUCAUCCUUUCCUAUAAAAUGCCUUUAUUAUGGGAUAAAUUAAUUUUAAAAAACCACAAUCAACCUGACCGAUCAAAUGCAAGUAGUUUUUUUCUAGCAUAGCUGUGUACAAGAAUGCCGGUAUAUAAAUAAAUGUAUUGUGUAUCUUGUGUAUAUAAAUGUGUAUAUAUGUACAUUAAAAAUUGACUGACAAUUA